AUGUCUCGUGGACUGGUGAGAAUAAGGCUAGCAAGAUUUGGUAGGGUCAAUAACCCAGUAUACAACAUUGUAGUUGCUAGGGCUUUCAAGGCAAGAGACACCAAACCAAUUGAAGUACUUGGAACAUAUAAUCCAGUGCCCAAACCAUUGACUGUACAACAGAAGAAAUCAGGUAUUUUACCAACAAAGGAUAUUCAAUUAGAUUUCGAUAGAGCCAAAUAUUGGAUUGGUGUUGGCGCACAACCAAGUGACACAGUAACGAGUCUGCUCAGGAAAUGUGGUAUACUUGAUGAAAACUGGGGACAUGACUAUCAGAGCCAGAAACCGUUGGUCUCACCAAUGAAGGAAGUUACUGAAUGA